AUGCAGAUCUUCGUGAAGACCGUCACCGGGGAGACUCUCACGCUCGACGUCGAGAGCAGCGACACGGUCGACAGUGUCCUGGCCCAGAUCCAGGAGAAGGAAGGAAUCAUCGUCACCUCUGAGGACGACGACGACGGCGACGAUCAGAAUCAGCUACCGUCUCUCGUCUUCGCCGGGAAGCAGCUACAGGAGGAGGACGGCCGGACCCUGGCCGACUACGGCAUCAGCAAGGAGUCGACGCUGCACCUCGCGCUUGGCCUCCGCGGCGGCCAUCGGGGCGGCCAAUGCUGGUUCAUCGAGCCCAGCCUCCGAGAGCUCGCGCUCAGCCACAACGAGAAGAAGAUGAUCUGCCGCAGAUACGUGUGCUAUGCGCGGCUUCCUCUCAGGUCUACCAACUGCCGCAAGAAGAAGUGCGGCCGCAGCAGCGACCUGAGGAAGAAGAAACCGUUUCGAAAAUGGUGA